AUGUUCUGGUCGGAUUCAGAUCCAUUGUGGAAUGACACUACUAAAUUACAUGUGCGUGAUAUUGACUAUGAACCACUUCCAUAUGCCUACAUACAAUUAACUCAAGAUCUUAAUGGUGAUCAGAGACCUGAUCUACUUGUUACUGUUAAUGAUGAAUUUAAUGGUUCAUUAGUUGCUUAUGAACUUCCACCAUCAGGUGACAUACGUAAAGGAAAUUUUACAAAACAUGUUCUUGCUAGUAGUUUUCGACCACUUACUCAAGCCAAAGGUCGAGGAGCACCAGGACAAGCCAUAACAAUUCAAUUCUAUUCUCUCACUGUACGAAAGAAGCCUAUUUUAAUAUUAUCUGGUGAUGAUGAUGGUUGUGUGUAUUUACUAGAAGCAAUUCAUGAUGAUGAUCCAUCAAAUUGGGAAUAUUCAAUAAAGAUAAUUCAUCAAUCUGAUAAAUCAACGAUUGGUCAAGUUAGUGUUGAAGAUGUUGACAAUGAUUGUCAUCCAGAAAUGUUUGUACCGGCUUAUAAUGAAGGCAUUGUCUAUAUUUAUCGACUAGUGGACACAUAA